UUUGAUUGACUGAUUAAUUUGAAGGAGAGCGAGAAUGGCAGGGAGCGAGCGAGGUCCCCUUCUUCCCCACACCCACACCCACUCCUACGGCCCUACCCCUUCAAGAGUGAUGACGGCAUUUAUUGUUGAAGCUUCUAACCAAUCCGAACCAAAUUCACAACAAAGAAACUCAAUAUAGGCGCCCCACACCACCUCCAUAUCUACUUCGUCUACUUCGCCUUCCCAAAUCUAUCACUGCUUUCUUUUUUUCUUUUGUUUCUGCUGCUGAUCAUCAGUGUCAUUGAAAUGUCCUUGGUCGGGAAUUAGACUUGCGUGCGCAGCGCAGUGUAGCGCAGUCAUAGUACCCCACUGCCCCCCGAUUUGCAUGUGGUGAAAUUUAUCUGUCUCUUUUUGGGGGCUAAUGAUCUCUUGUUUCUGGUGAAACUACUGGUCUCUAAUACUUCUUGUGACCGACCAAUCGAGUUGAGGACAGCAGAGAGAGAGAGAAAGACAGAGAGAGGGUUUGUUUGUUUCUGUGUUUAUGCGUCUGGGCCCUUCUUAUAGAGGAACCACAAGAUGUCAGAAGCCCAAAGGAGGCCGAUUUCCGUUGGAUUAAAGCCUUUGAAUGGGCUGCUCAACGGGUCUCCUCUAGCAAGACCUCCAAGUAUGGUACAUCUGGUGGAGGAAUUCUGUCAAGCCCUUGGUGGGAAGAGGCCAAUUAACAGUAUUCUGAUUGCCAACAAUGGAAUGGCAGCUGUUAAAUUUAUACGAAGCAUUAGAGCAUGGGCUUAUGAGACAUUCGGUACAGAGAAAGCAAUUUUAUUGGUGGCAAUGGCUACACCGGAGGAUAUGAGAAUUAAUGCAGAGCACAUUAGGAUAGCAGAUCAGUUUGUAGAAGUGCCUGGCGGAACUAACAAUAACAACUAUGCUAAUGUGCAACUCAUUGUUGAGAUGGCUGAGAUAACCCAUGUUGAUGCUGUGUGGCCUGGUUGGGGUCAUGCAUCUGAAAAUCCAGAGCUACCUGAUGCUUUAGGUGCAAAAGGCAUUGUAUUUCUUGGCCCGUCAUCUGGAUCAAUGGCUGCAUUGGGGGAUAAAAUUGGGUCCUCUUUGAUUGCACAAGCUGCAGAAGUGCCGACGCUUCCAUGGAGUGGCUCUCAUGUGAAAAUCCCUCCGGAUAGCUCUUUGAUCAGUAUUCCAGAUGCCAUAUAUCGUGAAGCAUGUGUUUAUACAACAGAAGAAGCGAUUGCAAGCUGUCAAGUUGUGGGCUACCCUGCUAUGAUCAAGGCAUCUUGGGGUGGAGGCGGAAAGGGCAUAAGAAAGGUUCACAAUGAUGACGAGGUCAGGGCUCUAUUCAAGCAAGUUCAGGGUGAAGUCCCUGGCUCCCCCAUAUUUAUCAUGAAAGUUGCUUCCCAGAGUCGGCAUCUUGAAGUCCAGCUGCUUUGUGAUCAAUAUGGGAACGUUGCUGCUUUGCACAGCCGUGAUUGCAGUGUUCAAAGAAGGCACCAAAAGAUCAUUGAGGAGGGUCCAAUUACUGUUGCUCCCCUUGAGACAACAAAGAAGCUUGAACAGGCUGCCCGAAGGUUGGCCAAAAGUGUAAAUUAUGUUGGAGCUGCAACUGUGGAGUACUUAUACAGUAUGGAAACCGGGGAGUAUUACUUUCUGGAACUAAACCCUCGACUGCAGGUCGAGCACCCUGUCACCGAGUGGAUAGCUGAGAUUAAUCUUCCUGCGGCACAAGUUGCUGUUGGGAUGGGUAUCCCACUGUGGCAAAUUCCAGAAAUCCGGAGGUUUUAUGGAAUGGAGCAUGGUGGAGGAUAUGAUGCUUGGAGAAAAACAUCAGCUGUUUCCACUCAAUUCGACUUUGACAUGGCUGAGUCAACAAGACCCAAAGGUCAUUGUGUGGCGGUACGUGUGACAAGUGAAGAUCCUGACGAUGGUUUUAAGCCAACAAGUGGAAGAGUACAGGAGCUAAGUUUCAAAAGUAAGCCAAAUGUGUGGGCAUACUUCUCCGUCAAGUCUGGCGGAGGCAUUCAUGAGUAUUCAGAUUCCCAAUUUGGCCAUGUGUUUGCUUUUGGAGAAUCCCGAGCUUUGGCCAUUGCCAAUAUGGUCCUUGGACUAAAAGAAAUCCAAAUAAGAGGAGAGAUCCGAACCAAUGUUGAUUACUCGAUUGAUCUCUUGCAUGAUUUAGAUUACAAGGAAAAUAGAAUCCACACAGGAUGGCUAGAUAGCAGAAUUGCAAUGAGGGUCAGAGCAGAAAGGCCACCCUGGUAUCUUUCGGUAGUUGGAGGAGCUCUUUAUAAAGCUUCUGCAAGUAGUGCAGCUAUGGUUUCAGAAUAUGUUGGUUACCUUGAAAAGGGGCAGAUUCCUCCCAAGCAUAUUUCACUAGUUAAUUCUCAAGUUUCGUUGAAUAUUGAAGGAAGCAAAUAUACAAUCAAUAUGGUAAGAGGAGGGCCAGGAAGCUAUAGAUUGAGGAUGAAUGAUUCUGAGAUUGAAGCAGAAAUACAUACUCUACGAGAUGGAGGUCUGCUGUUGCAGCUGGAUGGAAACAGCCAUGUUAUAUAUGCAGAAGAGGAAGCAGCUGGAACUCGUCUUCUUAUUGAUGGAAGGACUUGUUUGCUGCAGAAUGACCACGAUCCCUCAAAGUUGGUCGCCGAAACACCAUGCAAGCUACUUAGGUAUCUGGUUACAGAUGGCAGCCAUGUUGAUGCUGACACACCUUAUGCUGAAGUUGAAGUAAUGAAAAUGUGUAUGCCCCUUCGUUCACCUGCUUCCGGAAGAAUACAUUUUACAAUGUCAGAGGGCCAAGCUAUGCAGGCUGGUGCCCUUAUAGCAAGGCUCGACUUAGAUGAUCCUUCAGCUGUGAGGAAAGCAGAACCUUUCCAUGGUGGUUUUCCCAUCCUAGGGCCCCCAACAGCUAUAUCUGAUAAAGUUCAUCAGCGUUGUGCUGCAAGUUUAAAUGCAGCUCGUAUGAUUAUUGCAGGAUACGAACAUAAUAUUGACCAGGUAGUUCAAAACUUGCUUAGUUGCUUGGACAAUCCUGAGCUCCCUUUCCUUCAGUGGCAAGAAUGCUAUGCAGUUCUAGCAAACAGACUACCUAAGGAUCUCAAAUAUGAGUUGGAAACAAGAUACAAAGAAUUUGAGGGAAUUUCCAAUAUGCAAAAUGUUGAAUUCCCUGCAAAAACUUUACGUUGUAUUCUGGAGGCACAUUUGAGUUACUGUCCUGAGAAAGAAAAAGGAGCCCAAGAACGAUUGGUUGAACCUCUCAUGAGUCUUGUUAAGUCCUAUGAGCGAGGCCGAGAAAGCCAUGCUAGGAUCAUAGUACAAGGCCUUUUUGAAGACUAUUUAAGUGUGGAAGAAUUGUUUAACGACAACAUAGAGGCUGAUGUGAUUGAACGAUUAAGACUUCAAUAUAAGAAGGAUCUCCUGAAAAUCGUGGACAUUGUACUUUCCCAUCAGGGUGUUAAGCGGAAGAGUAAGCUUAUACUGCGCCUGAUGGAACACCUUGUGUAUCCAAAUCCUGCUGCAUAUCGUGAUCAAUUAAUACGCUUUUCGGUUCUCAACCAUACAAACUACUCAGAGUUAGCACUGAAGGCAAGUCAACUGCUGGAGCAGACAAAACUUAGUGAGCUUCGAUCCUGUAUUGCUAGAAGUCUUUCAGAGUUAGAAAUGUUUACUGAAGAUGGUGAGAACAUGGAUACUCCUAAGAGGAAAAGUGCAAUAAAUGACCGAAUGGAAGCUCUUGUGCAUGGUCCUAUGGCUGUUGAAGAUGCACUGGUCGGUCUGUUUGAUCACAGUGAUCACACACUUCAGCGAAGAGUUGUUGAAACUUAUGUGCGAAGAUUAUAUCAGCCCUAUCUUGUAAAGGGCAGUAUCAGAAUGCAAUGGCACAGAUCGGGGCUUAUAGCAUCAUGGGAAUUCUUGGAUGGGCAUGUACAACGGAAGAACAUAUCUGAAUAUGAACUGUCAGAUGAACCAGCCUGUGAUAAGUGGAACGAAAGGAAGUGGGGUGCAAUGGUUGUUAUUAAAUCUCUCCAUUUCUUGCCUACAGUGGUAACAGCUGCACUGAAGGAAGCCACCCAAAACCUGCAAUCUGUAAUUCCUAAUGGAUCUCUUCAUCCGGCCACUUAUGAUAAUAUGAUGCACAUUGCAUUGGCGGGCUUUGACAACCAAAUGAGUUUGCUUCAGGACAGUGGUGAUGAGGACCAGGCUCAAGAGAGAAUCAACAAGUUAGCCAAAAUAUUGAAGGAGAAAGAAGUAAGUUCCAGUCUCAGAAAUGCUGGAGUGGGUGUGGUUAGUUGCAUCAUACAGAGAGACGAAGGCCGUGGACCUAUGAGGCACUCCUUCCACUGGUCAGCUGAAAAACAAUAUUACGAAGAGGAACCUCAGUUGCGGCACUUAGAUCCUCCUCUAUCCAUAUACCUUGAGCUGGAAAAACUAAAAGAAUAUGCAAAUAUACGUUAUACUCCUUCUCGGGAUAGGCAAUGGCACCUUUACACUGUAAUGGACAAGCCACUUCCCAUCCAAAGGAUGUUUCUCAGAACACUUGUCAGGCAGCCCAUAUCGAAUGAAGGCCUUACUGGAUAUCGGGGCCUGGAAGAGGGAACAACUCAUUCAUUGUGGGGUCUGUCUUUCACUUCAAGGAGCAUUUUGAGGUCCUUAACAUCUGCUAUGGAGGAGCUUGAACUCAAUGCCCAUAAUUCUGCCAUCAAAUCGGAGCAUGCACAUAUGUACCUACACAUUUUACAGGAGCAACAAAUAAAUGAUCUUUUGCCAUACCACAAAAUAGCAGAUAUAUCUGUUGGCCAUGAGGAAGCUGCAGUGGCAAAAAUUCUGGAUGACCUCGCACAUGAAAUUAAUGCAUCUGUUGGCGUCAAAAUGCAUCGGUUGGGUGUUUGCGAGUGGGAAGUUAAACUUUGGAUAUCCUCUGAAGGAGACGCUAACGGCGCAUGGAGAGUUGUAGUCACCAAUGUGACUGGUCACACGUGCAUUGUGCACGUUUAUAGAGAAGUUGAGGAUUCCAGCAAACAGAGUGUAGUUUACCAUUCCAUUUCCGGGCAAGCCCCUUUACAUGGGUUGCCGGUGAAUGCACAAUAUAAACCAUUGGGAGUACUUGAUCAGAAGCGUCUACUAGCCCGGAGAAGCAACACUACCUAUUGCUAUGAUUUUCCACUGGCAUUUGAAGCUGCUCUGAACAAAUCAUGGGCCGAGCUUCCCGGGAUUAGCAAGCCUAAAGAUAAACCAGUGCUCCGAGUCACAGAGUUAAUUUUUGCUGACAAGGAGGGUUCAUGGGGCACUCCUCUUAUUCCGGUUGAUCGACAGAUUGCAGUUAAUGAUAUUGGAAUGGUAGCCUGGCACAUGGAAAUGUCAACACCUGAAUUUCCUGCUGGAAGGUCUGUCUUCAUUGUAUCAAAUGAUGUGACCUUUAGAAAUGGUUCCUUCGGCCCCAGAGAGGAUGCAUUUUUCCAGGCGGUGACCAAUAUCGCUUGUGCACAGAAAACACCGCUUAUUUAUCUUGCAGCAAACUCAGGUGCCCGUAUCGGUGUAGCUGAGGAAGUAAAAUCUUGCUUUAAAGUUGGUUGGUCCGAUGAAACAAACCCUGAUCGUGGUUUUCAAUAUGUCUACUUAGCGCCUGACGAUUACGAUCGCAUUGCAACUUCAGUGAUAGCUCAUGAGUUAAAGCUCCCAAGCGGAGAAGUUCGAUGGGUAAUUGAUUCUAUCGUAGGAAGGGAAGAUGGUUUAGGAGUUGAAAGCUUAACUGGCAGUGGUGCCAUUGCUAGUGCAUAUUCAAGGGCUUAUCAUGAAACAUUUACUGUAACAUAUGUCACCGGAAGAACUGUUGGCAUUGGUGCUUAUCUUUCUCGGCUAGGUAUGCGGUGCAUACAGAGGCUCGAUCAACCAAUCAUUCUGACAGGCUUCUCAGCACUGAACAAGCUUCUGGGUCGGGAAGUGUACAGCUCCCACAUGCAACUCGGCGGGCCUAAAAUUAUGGCAACAAACGGAGUUGUACAUCUUACAGUGUCAGAUGAUCUUGAAGGCGUAACAGCUAUUUUAAAGUGGCUGAGCUUCGUUCCACCUUAUGUGGGCGGUCCACUUCCUAUUUUGAGGCCGCUGGAUUCUCCUGAUCGGCCGGUUGAAUAUCUACCAGAGACGUCGUGUGAUCCCCGUGCAGCUAUAUGUGGUGCUGUGGAUGGCUUGGGGAGAUGGCUUGGAGGCUUAUUUGACAGGGACACAUUUAUCGAAACAUUGGAGGGGUGGGCGAGAACGGUUGUGACAGGCCGCGCAAAACUUGGAGGCAUACCGGUGGGAAUCGUUGCUGUGGAGACACAGACUAUGAUGCAGGUAAUCCCUGCGGAUCCCGGGCAGCUGGAUUCGCACGAAAGAGUUGUUCCACAAGCAGGGCAGGUGUGGUUUCCCGACUCUGCAACGAAGACUGCUCAAGCACUGAUGGAUUUCAACAGAGAAGAACUGCCGCUCUUUAUUCUCGCAAACUGGAGAGGCUUUUCGGGCGGGCAGCGCGACCUAUUCGAAGGUAUUCUGCAGGCGGGAUCGACUAUUGUUGAGAAUCUCAGAGUGUACCAGCAGCCUGUUUUCAUAUACAUUCCUAUGAUGGGCGAGCUCCGCGGUGGGGCUUGGGUGGUCAUCGACAGCAAGAUCAAUCCUGAUCACAUCGAAAUGUAUGCAGAGAAAACGGCCAAAGGGAACGUUCUUGAGCCUGAAGGUUUGAUUGAGAUCAAGUUCCGGAAUAGAGAGCUGCUGCAAUGUAUGGGCCGGCUUGACCCACAGCUAAUCAAUCUGAAGUCUAGACUUCAGGAAGCCGGCACCACGGCAGCUGCUGAAGACUUAAAGAGGCAGAUAAAAGCGCGGGAAAAUAAACUCCUCCCUUUAUACACUCAGAUAGCUACGAAAUUUGCAGAGCUCCACGACACGUCGCUCAGAAUGGCUGCCAAAGGGGUGAUAGAAGAAGUUGUUGAAUGGUCAAAGUCCCGGUCGUUCUUCUACCAGAGAUUGCACCGGAGGGUUGUUGAGGAUGCAUUGAUCAAGACCGUUAAGGAUGCUGCUGGUCAGCUGCUCGAUUAUAAAUCUGCCAGGGACACGAUCAGGAGAUGGUUCUUGAACUCGGAGAUUGCUGGACGCAAUGAAGGUUCUUGGAUGGAUGACGAAGCUUUCUUCUCGUGGCAGGUGGACGCCAAAAAUUAUGAAGAUAAAUUGCAGGAACUGCGUGUGCAGAAGAUGCUGCUUCAGCUGUCCGACAUGGGGAAUUCCUCGGCGGGUCUACGCACGCUGUCUCGAGCCCUUUCGAACUUCCUGAAAACGACGGAUCCUUCCGUUCGAGAUCAAUUCGCAGAAGAUCUACGAGAGGUUCUCCAGUGAUUGUGAUUCAUCAUUGAUCGUCAUCAUCAUUCAGCUGUGUGUAAUUUUCAAACUCGUAUAUAUAAUAGAUAUAUAUAGAUAUAUAUACAUGGUAGAACAGACUUGGAGAGUUCUUUGUUGUGCAGUGCAGCUAAAGUCCAUGAAUUAUUUGGCCUGAAAUGUCUGUUGUAUUUUAUGUACUGUGAGAGAGUUGUAAGAGAUGUUAUUUAUCAUUUUAUUGUUUCUUUUCAAUAUUAGAUGAAUAAAGAUUCAAGCCUCUGUUUACCUUA